UGCAAACAAGUCACCUUUUGGGUACAUUCAUUUUUUUUGUCAACAGGCUAGGUAGUAGAAGUGAAUGAAGAGGGUUUUAGUUUUGUACGUUGUCACCUUUUUCACUUUGCAGGCUGAACUAUCAUGAAACAGCAUCCAAUGUGUGAUGUCUCAUUUAUUGUGUCAAGUUACUGAGAUAAUUUGUGAAACCAUUUCCAUCAUAUGACAAUAUGAAUGCUAUCAAUAGCACUGCACCAUGACAACGUAAAUACAAGAAAGAGAAAAAUGUCAAUGUUGAAUCUGAAUAAAAAUUACAUCAAAUAAAGUCAUAACAUUCCUUUGCGGAUAAUACAUAUGUUCUUAUUGUCAUUGUUUCUGUUUCAGGAUUUUGAUUCGAGCUUCGAGCUGCCAGCUUAGCUGAGAUGCAGACGGCUUUACAGCAUCUGAGCCAGGAGGAGAGGGAUGUCCUCCUUCAGUCGGUGGUGACUCGUCUUCCAGGGGUGAUGCUGGACAUCCUCGAGUUCCGGCACCAGACACCAGGACCACAUCAUCCAGACACAGGGCAGCCUGCGUGGUGCACCUGCUUGAACUGCCGACGCAUGCCAACACAGUUGGAAAACCUGUGCUGUCGGCAGGCUCCAGACCACUGUCUGAGCAGGAGUGCCCACCUGGAGCUGUACUGUCUGGAUGAGGGUAUGCUGCGUCUGGUGAGGAUGACGUGGAACGACAUCUUCGCUCUGGAGGACAGUCAAGAAGUGGGCAGUGACAAUCGAGAGUUUCGGUUCGCUGCCUACCGGCAAUUCACCAUCUGGCAACAUGGGCGUCUGGGAGGAGGCAACCGGAGACCAAUACCAAGCUGCUGUGUCCUAAGAAUCAGGGCUAAAUUUCCCGACCCAUUUGGGCAGUACACGGGAUACAAGGAAGCCCCAUUUAGGGUGGCUGACUAA